UUCACUACCGCAGUAGCAGCAACCAGAGGAGCAAGUUCCCAGCAGCCGGCCUUCUGAUACAGACCUACUUGAGGAGACUUCUGAUACAGACCUACUUGAGGAGACUUACCUCCUGGGUGGCCACUGGCCAGUCCUUGCCCCAGGACCAUGCUCAGAGCAGCCUUGGUCUUGGCCUGUUUGGCUGUUACUUCCAUAGCCUCUGAAGGAGGCCUCAAGCCUUCCAGUCAGAGGGAGUUGGGACCAGAGCAGCUUCAAGAAGUUGGCUAUGCAGCACCCCCUUCCCCACCCCUGAAACAAGCCAGGGACCACAGUGACAUCUCUCUGGAUGACCCUGGCUUUGAGGAACAGAGUGAAGUGCGGCCCUUUUCCUCCUUCUUUGACCAGAUCCUUUUGGAGAGUGAAUUAUUCUCUCUGGACAAGGACCUCCCUACCCCCAAGGACUCCCAAGCCCCCGGGAAAGUGGUCCAAGAAGAAGUGACCCCUCCCAAGGGCCCUAUUGAACAGAAGGAGGUAGACACAUCGAAGCUCCCAACACAGGAGGAGAGCACCGGCCGGCCUGAGCAGGGAGCAGGAAAGCCAGCUCCCCUCACACAGCAAAGCCCAGGCCAGCACUGCCAACAGGGCCGACCCCAAGGCGGCUGGAGCCACCAGCUGGAUGGCUUCCCCCCUGGGCGGCCUUCUCCGGACAACCUAGACCAGAUCUGCCUUCCGACACGCCAACAUGUGGUGUACGGCCCCUGGAACCUGCCCCAGUCUGGCUACUCCCACCUCACUCGCCAGGGUGAGACCCUCAAUAUGCUGGAGACGGGAUAUUCCCGCUGCUGCCGCUGUCACUACUAUGCAAAGCGCAUGGACUGUGCAAAACUUGUGUGGGAGGACGCAAUGAACCAGUUCUGUGAGGCCGAGUUUUCUAUCAAGACCCGACCCCACUCGUGCUGCAAACAGCAGGGGGAGGCUCGGUUCUCCUGCUUCCAGGAGGAAGCUCCCCGGCCGCACUACAGGCCCCAGGCCUGCCCCCGCCGCCCGUCUGUGAUAUCCAUGGGCCUGGAGCUGCCUUUCCCCCCUGCGAUGCCCAUGCUGGACAAUAUCAAGUACAUCUGCCUCGCAAGACGCUUCCGCUCGGUGCCACGCAACCUCCCACCCACUGACCAGCUCCAGAGGCAGCUGCAGGCGCUGAGCCGCCUGGAGGUGGAGUUCCAGCGCUGCUGCCGGCAGGGGAGUAACCACACCUGUGCCUGGAAGGCUUGGGAGGAGUCCCUCGAUGGCUACUGUGAGCGAGAACUGGCUAUAAAGACCCACCCCCACUCCUGCUGCCGGCUCCCUCCCAGCCCGAAACGCGACGAAUGCUUCGCCCAAAAGGCUCCCUUCCCCAAAUAUGACCGGGAUCUCCUGACCGUUGACCUCAGCCGAGUCACCCCCAACAUCAUGUACUAUAUCUGUGGAAACCAGAGAGUUAUCUCCAAGCAUAAGCAGAUUCCUGGGCUGAUCCGAAACAUGACUGACCGCUGCUGUAAGCUGCCCCUUCCAGAGCAAGCCUGCUGUGCCGAGGAGGAGAAAACAUCCUACAUCAGUGACCUGUGUGGCCCCCAGCGUGACUUCUGGCGAGACUCUGCCUUCUGCUGUAAGAUGAGUCCUGGGGAUGAACAGACCAACUGCUUCAACGUCAACUACCUGAGGAAUGUGGCUCUGGUGGCCGGGGACUGGGGGGACGCCAAGGGCCAGGAGAAACAGGACCCGACUCAGGGAACAACUAGCAGCCCCACCUCUGAAGCCAAGGAAAAGUGAGUCACCCCAGAACCUGGAAGGAUCAGAUUGGGUGAACCCCACCCCACCCCGCCCUCCUUGAAUACGCAUUGCAGUCAACACCUCUGGGAUUUGGUGUCCUCGUUGUCUCACACACAAACACGCCCUCCUAAGCCUGGCUGCUGGCAUUUUCUUCAGUGACUGAACCCUGAGGCCCACUGCCCUGCCCUGCCCUCACAGGGCAGAAGUCGAACCAUAAAUAAAUGGCUUAACCUC